AUGCCAACAUUCGCACCUUCAAUAUACACUCUUCCUUCUACACCUUUACCCUCCAACUCUCACCCAACAGCUACACUAUACGAGCAACUUGAUACUGAAUCAGUCAUCUCAUCACUCUUCACAGUCUUAUCUCCUCCUUCAGAUGCGACCAGUAUCAGCACCGAUUCCGAUAAUGUACCUACUACUUUACGGAAGAAUGAACAUACACAGUUCCUAGCUAGUACGUUUUUCAAAUUACCAGGUAAAUUCGUCAGUCUAGAUGCUAGCAGACCCUGGUUGGUAUUUUGGAGCGUGCACUCUUUAGACAUACUAGGCGUGGCUCUUGAUCAGAACACCAAAGAUCGAGUGGUAUCUACGUUACUUAAAUUCCUGUCACCACAAGGUGGAUUCGCAGGUGGACCAUCAAAUUCUCAACUACCCCAUCUACUGCCCACAUAUGCUAGUGUGUGUUCACUUGCUAUCACAGGUAAUUCAGGUUCAGGAGGAGGUUGGGAAGAAUUGAAAAAGUCAAGACAAGCUAUAUACGACUUCUUUAUGGAUUGUAAGAACCCUGAUGGUGGGUUCGUCGUGUGUAAAGGUGGUGAAGUAGAUGUUAGGGGAACAUACUGUUUAUUGGUAGUUGCAACGUUACUAGAUAUCAUAACACCUGAAUUGAUAUAUAACGUUGAUAAAUUCAUAUCAUCUUGUCAAACUUAUGAAGGUGGAUUCGCAUGUUCACAAUUCUCAUUUCCUUCGUCAUCUUCAAUCUCUUCUACCUCAACAAAUAAUGCCGAAAUCGAUACCGACAAAUCAUUUGUUAGAGCUUCCAUGGCUGAAGCACAUGGUGGAUAUACGUCAUGUUCACUAAAUUCACAUUUCCUAUUAUCGUCCAUCCCAUUACCCAACACACCGAAGUUUCCUGAACCUAUAGAUGCGUAUGCGGCGUUGAGAUGGAGCGUAUUACAACAAGGUGAAGCUAUUGAAGGUGGUGGUUUUAGAGGUAGAUCAAAUAAAUUAGUAGAUGGUUGUUAUUCUUGGUGGGUAGGCGGUACCAUACCGAUUUGUGAGGAACUAGUCAAACGUCAAAAGAAGUCGAGAUCGGAUUCCAGAUCACAAGGAAAUAAAAGUAGGAUACAGGCCGUGGUCGAGUCUGAAGAAGGAGAACAGACGGAAAAAGAGGAAGAUUGGAUUGACGAAAUUCCUUCUCCACCACUGUUCAACAGAGUCGCUUUACAAGAAUUUACUCUGAUAGCAGCCCAACAGGAAGCAGGAGGAAGUGGUGGAUUGCGAGAUAAACCUGGAAAACGACCAGACCAAUACCACACAUGUAAUAACCUUUCUGGACUAUCAAUAGCACAACAUCAAAUGCGACAUUCGACAUCAAUCGUAUCAUCUAACAAAGAGAAAUUUGAUACAUCCAAAGGAUUACCAGCGGUCAAGACUAGGUCAACACGAGGUGGAUGGAGCAGUGAAGAAGAAAGACAAAAUGCGCGCAAAGAAAUAUGGGCCAACGCCCUGGGAUGGGUAGAGGAUGAAAACGCUGAAAUGGUUGUCGGUGGUAAAGAGAAUAGAGUUAACACCACCACACCGGUGUUCAACAUCCUUGGCUUAAGACUGAAACCUUUUAUCAAUUACUUUUACUGUCAAGACGAGUCAACGUAG